AUGCUACUGGUGGUGUUCGCCACAGCAGCACUAGCAAUUUCGGGCACUAUUUUUCUGGAGAGUGCCAUCACUUUGAAUGACAUGUGCCAACCUGAGCACUGCGAUGAUCAGCAGCAUGUUGUUCACUCAGUGCUCAUUUUCAUAAACCUUAGCGAAUUUGUGACGUGUAUCGCAACUCUGUUCGUCUGCUUUCGUUCGUUGGGAGGGGCCGUGGCCGUCCACAAGGCCCAGUCGCCUUACAGUACUCUCAUCAUCGGCGACUUUCGCUCGUUACAUCGGCCGGCGAAGAUCUUGGAAGAUGCAAGAUUGGUGAACGGCUCUUUGAGCGGAAGUCCUUUUCGUCCAAACGUGGCUAAUGUAAGCUGGAGUAACAUUCACUGUAUGAAAGCCGAAGCUGUGCACGCCAUGGUUCUUUUUUUGUUCGGCUUCUGCAAGGGAGUAGAAGAAGCCGCACAUCAACGUCGUGCAGCAUCCGAUCAGGAGCUCGUACUAUUUGAAAGACAACUCACAGAAUUUGGUGAACAAAAAGUCACUGUUAUUCCACACUAUGCAUCAAGCAAGAUAUACUGCGUCGUCGUAUUUCUGAAUUUCAGCAGUGAGAAAGUGAUGGACCAACGACAGGUAAUCUUCAAAGAGAUCGAUAACCUGAAACAAGUCCUGCCUGUGAGCAGCGCCAUUCUCGAGCAGCAAGACCGCACCUCAGUUUUGCGAGUGGCUUCCAUCUAUCUUUCGAUAAGGAACUACUUUACCCAGGACCUCGGGAAGUCCUGUCGUGAUAAUAUCGAGACCACCUCACUCAUUCUGCAGGCACUGGAUGGAUUCUGUUUCAUUCUCGAUGACCGAUUCCGUAUUCUCUACAUCACGGAGUCGGUGUCGACGCAUCUCGGAUUUUCUCAGGUUCAAAUGGUAGGUUGCUGUAUGAGCGAAUUCGUGCAUCCCGAGGAUUUUUCAGUUCUAAACCAUGUGAUGACAAUCAACAUGGAAGUACCGCAGUCCUACACGCACAAGAUGGAGUCGACGACGCAGUUUACUUUAAGGAUGACGUCGAAGCUACCAAAACGUAGCUGCGGCUUCAUGUUUGCUGGUUACAAGGUGCCAUUGAAUUCGCAACAGUUUCUUCUACGCACAACGCCCGAUUUGUCCAUCGUAUUCUGCGACUCACGCGUCGGUGAGAUUCUGGGUUUCAAUCCUAUCGAUCUGCUUGAUAGAACACUCUACCAUCUGAUCACCGUCGAGGACACCGAAUCACUACUUCGAGCGCAUAUGAUGAAGCGCCCAACUAUUCCCACUACCAGUGACCAUUUCCCAAAAGUUCGAGAUGAAAACAGAGGCUUGGAAACUGGAAAGCCUCCAGAACUAGAUACUAUUUCAACAGGUCUUCUACAAGCUGGCGAUCACUAUCUACAAGCUAUGCUCGGCAAACAGAUGGCACUUGAGAAUAGGCCGGAUGUCCAACUAGUGGAGUACUUCUAGUUUUCGUCUUUAUCGGAUUUUGUCGAUAUUCUACAGAUUAUGCUUCCGGUCGAUAAGAAACAGUCAUUUGGAUUGGGUUUUGUUGCUUUUCUUCAACUUUUCUAG